AUGGAUUACCCGUACGUGCACGUCUCUCCAACUAAUUCCCGCUCCGCCUUCGGCCACCAUCGAUCACUGUCCAGCAUCCUGAGGUCUGCCUCCCCAAAGCCUUCGUCAACCCACACCAGGUCCAACUCCACGACCGAGCUGUCCAUGACCGCCGACAUCGCUCGUUCUCGCCCGACGACCCCACAGCCCAAGAGAUUCUUCAUCCGUGCCUCGCUCGACGAUGACAAUGACUUGAGCACAAUACCCGAUCCCAGGAGCAGGGCCAUGAGUCCCGCCAGCGAAGAAACUAUGGCCACACCACACCACCCGGACCUCGACGACGAAGUUGCCGCCCUCAGCACGAAGCUCAUCAAUGCCAUCAACCACCAGACGACCUUGGACGACAACCUCUCGGCGGCUCGGUUGGAACUGGAGAAGGCUCGCGACAGGAUACAUCAGCUCGAAGCUCAGGUGGCAGAGCAGAGCGCAGUACUCGCCGGCGAUGAGUGGGUGAGGCGAAGGGUACUUGAGGCCGAGAAGUCAAAACUCUUGGCCAACGUCGCCGAGGAGAAGCGAGCGAGGUUCGACAUGGAACAGCAGAAAAAGAAGAUUGAGCAAGAGCUCGAGAACCUGACAACCGCCCUCUUCGAGGAAGCGAACAAGAUGGUCAUCUCGGCAAAGGAGGAGGCACGCGCAGAGCAAGAAGCCUUGCAACGCAGGAAUGACCAGUUGAGAGCCCAGCUCGCCGACACGGAGGGUCUUCUCCGGUCUCAUCAAGAGCAGCUGGUUGAGCUCAAGCAUGUCAUGGAGCAGAUGACCGUCGAAAGGGAGGAACAAUUACCGCCGACUCUCCCUUCGUCUCCAGGGGUUGAAAGCUUCGAUCCUCGGGACGCUGCGGGUUCCUCGGCUGUAAUGCGCCACCAUAACCUCUCUGCGCCGCUGUCUCCGUCGUAUCCCACCAGCUUCACGCAUCUCCUGCAUCCCGUUCUACGGACCGACUUGGCGGCAUGCAACGAUUUCAAGGAGCUUCUGCGCACCACAAAGAGGCUCUCAGCGCCUCCGCUCCCUUCUGGGUCUUCUGGCUCUGGGCUGGCAUCCCUAGCUAUCGGCCUCGGCUCGGCCACCUCACAUGCGCCGGCAGGUACUGGGUCAACCUCUUCUCUCGCCACCUCCACGACCCCCCCCCCGACGUCACCGCAGACACCCAACACGCCAGCGUCGUCUGGCAGCAGUGGCUCGUCUGCCACGAUUCCAGUCCCCCAUCCGCAUCUCAAGGAGACAAAGUUCUACAAGCGAGUGCUCACCGAGGACAUUGAACCCACCCUUAGACUCGACACGGCGCCCGGGCUCUCCUGGCUUGCCCGUCGCAGUGUGCUGACCGCCAUGACCGAGGGGUCCUUAGUCGUCGAGCCAACUCCGUCCACAGCCACGGGUAGGUUUGGCAGAGUGAUCAAGCCGGAGCUCCACCCAUGCUCUCUCUGCGGCGAAGCCCGCAAGGACGAAGAGCACCUUCGGACCCACCGCUUCCGCAUCAGCGAGGCCGACACCACCCAGGUUGGGUACCCGCUCUGCAGGUACUGUCUCGGCCGGGUCCGGUCGACGUGCGAGUUCCUCGGCUUCCUCCGCAUCGUCAAGGACGGCCACUGGCGGGCCGACGACGAGGACGCCGAGAAAGCCGCCUGGGAAGAGAGCGUCCGCCUACGCGAGCAGAUGUUUUGGAGCCGCAUCGGCGGCGGCGUCGUGCCUGCAGGCCACGGCCGUCACCCGUCUAGUUCGAGCGUCGCGCCCAGCCUCCGGGCGGACAAGAGCCCGAGGCCGAGCCAUGAGGAGCCUGUUGCUGGAACGAUUCCGCAACAAGUUGCCGAAACAACUGGGCAGCCGAGGGCCAAGGGUGUGGAUGAAGCUCUCGCUGACGAGCCCGUGGCUGAGGAGAUAUUCACGAUUCCUGGCGUUGAAAGCUCCGUCGAUCAAGCACCCGAUGCGAUAUCCACCGGAGAAUUGGAGACGCCGAAUCAGAUCCCGGGUGCUUUUCCCUGA